UAUCAUAUAUGUGUUAUGGUCCUUCUGCAGAGUGUCUUGGGAAUCAUUCUGGGAGGUGGAGCUGGAACUAGGCUGUAUCCGCUAACAAAGAAGAGGGCAAAACCAGCUGUUCCUCUUGGAGCAAAUUACCGGUUGAUUGAUAUUCCUGUUAGCAAUUGCUUGAACAGCAAUAUAUCGAAGAUCUAUGUCCUCACUCAAUUCAAUUCUGCUUCCCUCAAUCGCCAUCUUUCGAGGGCAUAUGCAAGCAACAUGGGUGGAUACAAAAACGAAGGUUUUGUUGAGGUUCUUGCAGCUCAGCAAAGUCCAGAAAACCCCAAUUGGUUCCAGGGUACUGCAGAUGCUGUGAGGCAAUAUUUGUGGCUGUUUGAUGAGCACAAUGUGCUUGAGUUCCUGAUUCUUGCUGGAGAUCAUCUGUACAGAAUGGAUUAUGAGAGGUUUAUUCAGGCUCACAGAGAGACAGAUGCUGACAUUACUGUUGCUGCUUUGCCUAUGGAUGAAAAGCGCGCCACAUCAUUUGGACUGAUGAAGAUUGAUGAAGAAGGGCGCAUCAUCGAAUUUGCUGAGAAACCAAAGGGAGAACAGUUAAAAUCUAUGAAGGUUGAUACUACCAUAUUGGGUCUUGAUGAUAAGAGAGCAAAGGAGAUGCCUUACAUUGCAAGUAUGGGAAUAUACGUUGUUAGCAAAGAAGUGAUGAUAAAUCUUCUCAGAGAUGACUUCCCCGCAGCCAAUGAUUUUGGUAGUGAAGUUAUCCCAGGAGCCACUGCCAUGGGAUUAAGAGUGCAAGCUUACUUGUUUGAUGGCUACUGGGAAGACAUUGGUACCAUUGAAGCUUUUUAUAAUGCCAAUCUAGGGAUCACUAAAAAGCCAGUGCCCGAUUUUAGCUUCUAUGAUCGAUCUGCUCCCAUCUAUACCCAACCUCGAUAUCUACCUCCUUCAAAGAUGCUGGAUGCUGAUGUCACAGAUAGUGUCAUUGGUGAAGGUUGUGUGAUCAAGAACUGCAAAAUCCAUCAUUCUGUGGUUGGACUUCGGUCAUGCAUAGCCGAGGGUGCAAUCAUAGAGGACUCCUUGUUGAUGGGUGCAGAUUAUUACGAGACGGACGCAGACAGAAGGUUUCUGGCAGCCAAGGGCGCAGUACCUAUCGGCAUUGGUAAAAACACUCACAUCAAGAGAGCCAUCAUCGACAAAAAUGCCCGGAUUGGAGAAAAUGUGAAGAUUAUAAACAGUGACGACGUUCAAGAAGCAGCGAGGGAGACGGAUGGAUACUUCAUCAAGAGUGGGAUCGUCACCGUUAUCAAAGACGCUCUGAUUCCCAGUGGUAGUGUGAUCUAGAAAUCGCCGGUCCGAUGAAGCAACGUGACGGAGGUGGAGAAUGAGUUCUCAGCUUUAUGGGUAUAAUCUUAUCUUGAUGUACAUAACAGCUGAGAAUUUAAGAACUUUCAAUAGUUUUUCCCUUUUAUCUAAAUGGUGAUAUAAUAAUUUAAAACAUUAAAAUAAACGUUAAUUUCAUUGAA